AUGCAAGUCAAAUCUGGAGCUAGGGAUGCAGAUUCUCCUUACAUUUGUGAGUUUCAUAAAGGUAAUUCAAAACUACAACUGUCUUAAAGAGAGUAAUUAAGGUACAGGGAAUUCCUGAAACGCUAAGAUGUUAUCACUAUGGAUCCUGCAGGUUUCACUAAUAUUAGAAAAGAAGUGGCUUUGUGCUAGAAGCUUUAAUGUAAGGCCAAUGUGAUUGACAAUGGGCCCUUCCCUAUUACGCUGGCAUUUUCUUUGGCCUACUUUGGCUCACGGAGCAAUUCAUAUGGCACUUUUCCACAAAAAGAAAUUGUAGCAAAACGUAACAUUUUCCGCCAAUUUUAUCAACAUUUUUGUUGUCAAAAGAAUGAAUUUCCUUGCUGUUUGUGUUCUUUGUGUUUGUGUGCUCCUUUAAAGAACUUCAGGAAACUGAACUUCUCCAAGCUCUCCACAUAUAUGCUGUCUCUCCAUUAUAGUUGCGCCUUCGAACGCCUUGCAGGUCAGCGGUUAGUUUGCCUAGGUUGUACCCAGCCCUUGCUAAAAAUCAAACCAAGAUGGCUUCAGCAGGCGUUCAGCUUUCUUGGAAGAGUAAAAUGCCAGUUUUAACAGUUGCGAACAUAAUCGAAAAAGGGUUAAAAUGAUCAGACGAAACGAUGAGUAGAAAUGCUACCCACUUAUGGUAUUGUAAGUGAAGCGUAAUCAUGUUUGUGUUAUAUCAAUAAGUUUUGAUUUUGCGACAUCAUUGAAAGCAAUGAUAAUUUAAAUAGAUUUGGCUAUGCAAAUAAUGUUACUAUACAGUAUUAUUAUUGAUAGAUUAUUGUACCUUCACAUAAAAACUAGCCGUUUGUUUGUAGCGUUUCCUUUACAUUUGAUAACAAAAUAGGUAAACUUAUGUACAGACGCCUUUAUCUAAAAGCUUCAGGAAAUUCACGCUAAUUGACUAGAGGUCUAUACCAUAACUCUUGAUCGAUUUAAGUUGCCACUUUAUUUUGAUCAUCUAUGAAACUAUGAAGCUUCUUACAAUCAAGAUGAAUUUUUGCUUCCAGUAUUAUGAAUGAAGUUUGGUCGAGAAAAAAAAUACAUCUUAGGCCACCAAAUACUCCAUUUUAGCCCAUAGUGCCCGGAAAAGAGUUAAUAACUGUCAUAAUAUACAGGUCUUAGGUUUACCCUCGGGUAAAAACGAUUGCAGGUUUAUAACUGAUAGUUUGCCCGCCUGCUAUCUGUAUCAGUAACAGGAGUAACAGUAAUUGAAAAUACCUCCAGUCAUGGGCUUUGCUUUAAUCGAAGGUAUUAUGUUUCUUUUAGAGAUUUGAUCUAUUCCUAAACUUAUUUUGUGUUGUAGCUGUUUUAUGCGUUCUUUACAACAGAAUGUCCUAUUUAUGCUAAAAAAUUCUUUUUUUCCCCCUAAAUUUAUCAAUAUCAGUGGUAACAUCAUCACUCUCACCGUUACCUGCUGCACCCUCUGCACCAUUGAUGUCGACAUGGACACAAUCGGCUCUAUCACCGCAAGUGUCCUCAUCAUCGUCACCGAAAAAGUCGCCUUUGGAGUUUUCGUCGCCGUCGCACUCACCCUCACUCACGUCCUCGCCUUCAUCCACACCUUCGUCCUCGUUUUUACUCUCUAAAUCACCUUGUGCUUCGUUAUCACCGUCGUUGUCGCCAUCGCCAUUGCCAUCACCGUCCCCUCCGACUUCAACAUCGCCGUUGCCGUCGCCGUCGACGUCGACGUCGAGAACAAUUCAGAAGCUGGUGCGUACUCCAUUCAAUCAUAGCCCCUGUGCUUGUCUUUGGCCCAUAAGUGUAACUGUUACUUUCUCCUUUUUAGGUAAGGGAAUAUGUUUUUAAACUUGCAAGAAUAGAUGUCACCAGAAACAAUUCUAUACAGGUAUUUUAGUCUUUUUGGAAUUUUCAUUAGAGACUCAGAUCUAUUCUUUGACUUGCAUUAAUGCCAAGUAAUUAUCGUCUUAUUAUUACCUUACCAAAAUGUAUUUCAUAUAACUACAGGAGGCCAUAGGAGUUUUCGAGGACUUCUUCACAGGUAUUAAAAACAUCACGAAACCUGCUAUCAUUGAAGAGGCUGAAAUAAGAAGGAAAUCAAUUUUCAAGGUGGCAGUCAACUUCGAGAGAUAUGCUCUCAGUUAUAGCAAGCACCACCUGACUAGGAUGAGGUCUUUAGAAGUGAUAAAAAGCCGCAAAAUGGGUGAGUCGGAACACAACCAUCUUUUCAGAUCAGGGGUGAUAUAGCACUUGUCUAUCUACUGAGUGGGUGAGUGGUUCACAAAAUGGAUAACUGCUUAGAUGAUGUGACAGUUUAUACACAUGAUCUGUUGAGAAACGUCACUAUUGGAUCAAAUUAGUCAAUCUAUUCCCCGACUUGGACUUUUUGUUUUUCAAUUACGAUGGUAGAGGAAGGCAUUUGAAGAUAUUUCAAAAAGGAAAAAAAUAAACGCCUCUUAAAACUCUUCGCGUCGAUGUUUUUAUGAUCGUAAAGAACCGUAACUUUUGGGAGGUAAAGAAAAGAAAUGCCUUUGUGCGUUCACAUGUUAUUGUUUAGUUCAAUACCAGCUGAACCAUCCAUUAUUCUUUCUCCGUCAGUACUGGUUUUUAAAAAAGCCCACCGACAAAGUGCCAAUGACUUCUAUUUCGGAGAACAAGAAUUGAAAGCGAGCAUGAAAGUUUCCUCAGCAAAUUUUGCGAACAAUGGUUUGUGUUGACUACUUUUUUUAACCCUUAAUUUGCAAUGUACCUUUGUUUUCCUUCCAAAUAGCAAUUGGUUUGUCAAGUUGCAAAGAGAUCGAUAUCGUUUUCCUUUUUUUUUCCUUUAGUGUCGCUGGUUGUUGGGAUUGUGUACACGGAUCUCCAUGAAGUACUACUCACAAAUCAACCCAUCAGGGAUAAAACAGGAAAAGAAAGGUGGCGUUAUCUCUCUGAUUUUAUCAACCAAAUGCAGCUUUAAUUGCAUAUAAAAAAGAGAAAAUUGCGGGCUCAGCAAAAGUGAUGUUGAAAAAUUGUCAAAACCCAGCUGGUGUUUUGCUUGUCAAUUACCAUCAGCCAAUCAUCUAUGAAGUAACUGCGAAUUUGUCAUUGAUUUGAAAAGGGUCUUAGCUUGCCUUAUUCCCAAUGAUAACCAUACUUUCAACCUUUUCUGUUUUCAUUCAUAUUCAACUUUCUUCAUAGGCAUUUGGACUCCAGGAUAAUAGCUGUAGCUAUGGAUCCAAAACCGGAAGCAUUGCAAGAAAAUGUCAUCCUCAAGUUCAGAAAUCUCAGGGUAACAGAGAUAGUAAAAUUAAGACUAGUUAAUCUGCGUUAAGUCUAUUCUGAAGAUUUAAAAUGUAUUUUUUAAGGCUGAUGAAGGAGAGAAGAAAUGCGUGUUUUGGAGUGGCUUCAGUGAAAGGUAAGGAACUGGAAUAUAUCUUUUUUCCCCGGCGGUAAAUUGUUUCUUGGCGGCAAAUCAGGUAGACAGGUUAAGGAGUAUUUUGCGUAAAUAUCAACAAUCGAAAUCAUAAGUCAACAAAAGCGUUUAGGUUCUGAACUCGGUAGGAGAAGGAAAUAAUUGUUUCUUUUUGUUCCGCUUUUCUUUAAUAUUUCUUGCGUGAUUAGGUACCUUUUGUAUUUUUUCUGUUUUCUCUUUUUUGCAGCUCAGACGGAUAUUCAGAGAGAGGAUGUCACGUUGUAAAAUCGAAAAAACACUUACCAGACACAGUUUGCAGCUGCAAUCAUUUGACCCAUUUUGCCGUUUUAGUCGAUUACAACGGUAGCCCUAAGGUAAUCGUAUCUUUAACAUUUUUAAUACAAUCCCUUUGAUUUUGGUAACAUUCUUUUUUAUUAUAAUGAAAUUUGUGUCACAGCUCACCGAGAAGGACACAACCAUACUGGAAAUUAUCACUUACGUAGGAUUAAGCCUUUCCACGACGGGGAUACUUUUGACAAUUAUAGCCUAUUACUUCCUCACGUGAGUACUGUAGGUGGACUAUUUAAGGAUUAAUCAAAACUCUAAGAAAAUUCGCACGUAAUUGGCUAUCACCAGCCCGAUUUCAGCACUAAUAGGACAGUGUGUGCGUCAUGCUUGAAAUUGGAAGGUAUAAUAGGACAGUUAAAGGGACAGUUUAGACGCCAUGGCCUUGCGAGUGGACAAAACACGUCAUGUGAACGCGUUGUUGACUCGCAUUUUGACAAGUUAACUGUAUCUUUUUUUUAUGAAAACGUAUAACCAAUGUCUAGUUUUUUUUUUUCUAAAAAAUUUUGAACCUUGAAAAAUUGUCGCAGCAAUGCUUAUGAUAAUGAUUAUAUUUGCUAUGGAUAUGGAAGAAUAAAAUAAAGAUAAAAUUUUUCCUCUUCAGUGGCAGUAGUAAUUUAAUUGCCUCAUCUGCUACGACAUGAAAUGAGUAUUAUACGUUAUCAUAGAAUUAUUCGAUUCGUUUUGUUUGUUUGUGUGUUUGUUUUUAUUUUGGUUUUUUUACUAGUGAUGUUGAUCAACCUCUGUCUCAAAUACGGUUGAAUCUCUCUGUGGCCAUCGGAGCUGGACAAAUAAUCUUUCUCGCCGGGAUAAACUCCACGAGAGACACGGUGAGUCAUUUAUAAAUCCCUUAUUUGAAAAAAAAAAAAAAUUUUAAAGCUUAUUAAAUUUUGUAAAUAGGAGAGUAAAAAAAAACCUAAUUUUUUCUCUGGCAGACUGCUUGUGUCGCAGUAGCAGCUCUGACGCAGUAUUUCCUAAUGGCUGCUUUCUGUUGGAUGCUGAUCGAGGCAAUUUAUCUCUAUCUGCUUGUUGUGAAAGUUUACAACAUCACCGAAAAGAUGCACAUGUUUCACGUCAUCUCAUGGGGUACGUUACUUUAAUUGUUGUGAGUUAUUGCUACCUUCCUCAUUUUGAAUCGCUUCUGAUUGGAUAUGUAAUUCCGUGAGUUAUGUAGACUUCCUCCUAUUUAUACUCAGGUUUACCCAUCAUCAUGGUCGGUAUUUCAUUAAGCAUCGCCGCUGGAAAAGAGGAAAUUCAAAGCUAUACCAGUGAUAAAUAGUAAGAAGUUCCCUCUCUACUAGUCUCAUAUCCUUCUCCGUCUUUUCCGUCUUUCACAUAAACUCAUUUUUUUCGUGUGUGUUUUGACUAAUGUUUCGCUUCUAAGGUGUUUUGACACGGGGAGGUUGAAGGAGCUAUUUCGUUCAAAUCCGUCUUUUUUUUGUCCUCAUCUCAUUUCAAGCUGCUGGCUGUCCUCCGCUGACAACCUGAUCUGGAUAUUCAUCGCAUUUGUGGCGUUCAUUGAAGGUGUAAGUCGACCAAUGAUAGAUUCUUCAUUAUUUCUUUAAUGUACCAGGAAGAACGCAUUUCUAUUCUCGACGACCAUACUCAAAGUUUGCAAUAUUUCUAUUACUAAUCACUCACACGAUUUUUACAGUAUUUCUGAUUUUAGCAGUAUGAAGGAACGCUUUUCAUUUAUGAACCUGUUCGCUUUAGCUGUCUAGUCUCUCUUGGAGAAUCGGGGCACGUAACUCGAAGACUCGGAUUGGGGAUUCACAAUUUUCCUUUUUACGACGCUUCUGACAAGACAGAUAAAUUUUUUUUUCUAUUUAACGAUAUCUUAUGAUUAAAAGUAUCAAUUUUUUGUUUCAGCUCAACAUUUCGAUACUGGUCCGAGUCAUAAAGGAGAUGACCACACUUGUACAACCUAUAGAAGAAGCCAACCAUAUUCAGCAAAUACGGUAGGAUCUAAACUUUAACAUUUGACCAAACGAUUGAAAUGAGUGCAAUAAGGGAAAAACAAGCACACGAAAACGAAUUGUUAUAGGAGCGAGCUCUGAGGUAUCUGGCUAAUUCAGUUGGUUCCCUACUAGUUAAUCAUAAACAACGAGGCGUUACGACUUCAACUGAAAGGUCGACUACGAACGUCUAAAUCCACAAGUCACGUAUUGUCAUUAAUCUUCAGACUUGGCGUAAGAACAUGCCUAGUGAUGUUUCCACUGCUGGGCGUUACGUGGCUAUUUGGUCUUUUUUUACCAUUACACAAAGCUUUCGCCUACAUUUUCACCAUCUUCAAUUCUACGCAGGUGAGCUUAUGAGUAAAACUGUCGAUUAUCAGUUGUCUGUAUGAAUACAUUAAUGCUCAUACUACUUAUAUGCCAAAACCAGAUCCUCUCAUAUCCAUCAUAUUAUAUUUUCGUGAAAAAAACCUUGGAAACAAAGAGCAUUCAAUUAGCCAAUCAAUAUGAAAAAAUUAUCCUUUGGUUUAUGAGACAUGCAACUUGCUUUAGCAAAUUUUUUUCACCCUUUUUAUUACGUUUUAUAAGAAAACUAUACGUGAUGAUAAACUCACUGCAUCAAAUAUCUCAUACGACCCUCUAUCACUGCUCGUCAAAAUCGACAAAUUAAGGCUGAUCUUGAAAUAAUUUUCUGUUUUAGGGUUUCCUGAUUUUCGCCCUUCACUGCUUGCGAAACAGCCAGGUGAGACGGAUACGAACCUGAGGAUACACACCAAGAACAUGAUAUUGAUUUUGAUAUAAAUCAAGAUUUGAGUGCUCAGUAACUUAUAUUUUGUCGCCUGUACAUCAACAGAUUAGAGAGCGAUUGAAAAAGAAGAUGAACACCAUUUUCCCAGCUACUGUGGAUCAUGGAAAGAAAACCUCAAAAAUUGAUCCAAAUGAUGCCGGCGAUAUGUGGGCAGUUGAAUUGCAGUCUUUCAAUGAGUAGCUCUUUAUUUGGAAAAAAGAAACGAUUCAAUCGACUUUUGGGAAUAUGCAGUCACUUAGUAUGAUAGAGCUGACGACGGUAGAUCGAUGUUCAAUCUCGAUGCGUUAGUUAAGUUAGGUCGUUCUGGUUCACAUCGUUAGUCAUUAAUUAUAAUGAUGUCAUGAAAACUUAAGUCGUCCUUAUAGUGCAGGGAGGUGUUGAGAUAAGUUAACAUUUAGAAGAGCAGCGAAUGGCAUCCGAAAAAUCGUGAGUCUUGUACGAUCAUGAAAUCUCGCCUCAAAGUCUCGCGUCUGUUUUUAUGGCCGAUAGUCUCUUUGAAAGGUGGCUAGAGCAGCUUGAAGCCAACGCCACAAGCGACAAAAGUCAGUCCGCGGGCCUUAGCUUAAAUAGAAUCCGACAUAAUGCUAUGAAUAAUGCUACAUUAAGUUAUAAUAAAUGAAUAAUUAUGAUGUUUGUCUUUUAUCUUCAGCACUCGUGAAAAGCAUAUUUUGGCUAAAAAUGAAAAAUUGGGAUCCACCCAUGUGCCUCAUCAUUUGACGUAAACUAACGC